CGUCCCUGAAAACACACCGGCUGCUAUUUUCAGUUCCACUUGGUUUUUUUGUUUGUUUGUUUGUUUGUUGUUGCGCAUGCUCAGUGGUACUGUAGCGCCUGUGUAUGUGUGUGCGUCUCAGGAACCAGUUCAGGGUCUGUCGUUGCUAAACUACUUUAGCUACCCGCCGUUUCUCUCGUCUUCAACGACACACGGAGGUAGCCGAGCUCCUCCACUAUAAGCUCAAAUCAUGGUGAACGUAAAGAAACGGAAAGGUCGAGUCGUUAUCGACUCGGACUCUGAAGACAGCGCCAGCGACGAUAAUUUAGACCAGGAGCUCCUGUCUCUGGCCACCAAGAGGAAGAGGGUGGACUCCGAUGACCAGCAGGACGACCAGCAGGAUGACCAGCCAGUCAGCAAGCCUGCAGCCUCAUCAGACUCCGAGACAUCAGACAGUGAUGAUGAAUGGACCGCCGGUGGUCCUAAAGUCAAGAAGAAGGUCAAGCCAGGGAAACCGACGGCAACCGAGAAGAAGAAAGAGGCAGCGAAGAAGAAGGCACAUAAAGCUGCGUCGUCCGGGAGUUCUGGGGGAGACAGUUCAGCUGACAGCUCCGCCCCCGAGGAGGGUACAGUGGCUGUCAGUGGUUCCACUAACAACAGUAAAUCUUCCAUCUCCUCCUACAAUAUGGUUGAGAAGGAGACUCCUCGCGUGGCCGUGGAGGACCUGAUGGGAGACGAGGAGGACAGCCGGCUGGAGCAGAUGACCGAGAAGGAGAGGGAGCAGGAGCUCUUCAACAGGAUAGAGAAGAGAGAGGUGCUCAUAAGAAGAUUUGAAAUUAAAAAGAAGCUGAAAACAGCGAAGAAGAAGGAGAAAGAGGAGAAGAAAAAGAACCACGAGGAAGAACAGAAGAAGAAGAGGGAGAGAUCGUCCAGUGGCCAUCAUGAAGACAGAACUCAUCAGGACCAGCAAGUUAUGUCCCACAACAAGGAGAGGAGGACUAAACGGGAUGAGAAGCUGGAUAAAAAGUCUCAGGCCAUGGAGGAACUGAAAGCGGAGAGAGAGAAGAAGAAAACGAGGACAGCGGAGCUCCUGGCGAAACGGCUGCCCCUGAAAACCAGCGAGGUUUACUCGGACGAUGAGGAGGAGGAAGAGGAGGAGGACGACGACAAAUCAUCCGUAAAGAGCGAUCGCAGUUCACACUCUUCAUCUUAUUCCGAAGACGAAGAGAAAGAGGAGACGCCACCAAAGUCGCAACCCGUGUCGCUACCAGACGAACUGAACCGCGUCCGUCUGUCCCGCCACAAACUGGAGCGCUGGUGUCACAUGCCGUUCUUCCAGAAGACCGUCAGCGGCUGCUUCGUACGGAUCGGCAUCGGGAGCAGUAGUAGCAAACCAGUUUACAGGGUGGCUGAAAUAGUUGACGUGGUAGAGACGGCUAAAGUGUACCAGUUGGGAACAACCCGGACCAACAAAGGACUACAGUUACGGUAAAACUACUCAGCUCUUACCUUUGGAUGGCUGUUGGAUGGCUUUGUGGCUAAUCAGGAGUUCACAGAAAACUAGAGUUGGAUGAAGUGGAAAGAUGGCUGGUGAAUGAUCAUAGCCAGUAUGCAGGUUCCCACUCUAGAUGAGAUCAAUAAGAAGGAACAGGCCAUCAAAGAGGCUUGUAACUACAAAUUCAACGACAAAGACAUCGAGGACAUUGUAAAAGAGAAAGACAGGUUCCGAAAGGCGCCUUCCAACUACGCCAUGAAGAAAACAUCACUACUCAAAGAUAAGGCCAUGGCAGAGGAGAGUGGAGAAGGAGACCGAGCCAAAGAGAUCCAGGACCAGCUGAAUGAGUUGGAGGAGAGGGCCGAGCAUCUGGACAGACAGAGGACCAAAAACAUCUCUGCCAUCAGCUACAUCAACCAGAGGAAUCGGAGCUGGAACAUCGUGGAGUCUGAGAAAGCCCUAGUGGCUGAAGGACAGAAUGCCAAGAUGCAGAUGGACCCGUUUACUAGACGGCAGUGCAAACCAACCAUGGUGUCUAACGCCAGAGACCCUUCAGUCCAUGCAGCUAUCCUCCAACACCUCAAUGAGAAGUACGGAGAAGGGUCAGGCAAAGAGAUGGACUUGGAGUUUGAGAUGGGCAGGGGAGCAGGACAGGCUGCUCUCAAAGUCAUCGACCCGACGAAGAACACCAGCGACCUGUCAGAGGACCUCUUUAAAGUCCACGACUUUGACGUCAAGAUUGACCUACAGGUUCCCAACGCAGAAGCCAAGUCUCUGUCAGUGAGCGCCAACACCCUGGCAGUGAAGGACGGUGCUCCACGUAGGUCUCUCAACCUGGAGGACUACAAGAAGAGGAGGGGUUUGAUCUAAAGAACUACAGGAAGUAGACGAGGGGCUUCAACGACUGAUCAAAUGGCCUAAAACCUCAGUCAGUCAGAACCACCUGCAUGUUGGUUGGCCAUUCGCCCCAGGGCACCAGUGUGUGUUUGAGGGAAGAGAGAGAGAGUGAGUGUGUGUGUGAGGUGUGUGUGUGUGAGAGAGUUGUGUGACCGUAUGCUUGAGUGUGUGUGAGAGAGGCUGUCCAUCUUAAAACAAUAGGAAAUAAUAAUUAAGAGAAGACAACUUUUUGUUUUUUUUCCCCUCGAAGGUUUUCUCUUAGAAAACAGUUCACCUUUACUUUUUUUUUCUCUCGUUAUUAUGUGGUAAAAAUUGUACUUGGAAUUGUGUUAUUUUUCUUUUGUAAUUUCUAAGUUUUUAUAAAUAAAUCUAACGUUGGUUCUCCCUCA